AUGGAAUUCGUUCAGAAACUUCUCCGCUCGAAACGAUUUCGUCGGCCAUCCCCCCAUGACUACGAGCUCCUUCUCGGCACCAACACGCCCUCUCAGUCAGCUAUUGGCCCCGUCGGAGUGAGAGGUCGUACGGAGGGCCGUGAAAUAGCAGGAUGGAGCCUGCGCUGGCGCGGAAUUUUUGUCUUGAGCCUCCCUUGGCUUAUCGUCGUACUCUUACUUUUCUUCCCCCGGCACUCUCCUCCUAUAAUCUCAGAAACCUCGAGUUCCCCAUCCCUACCGCCAGCGCGGCCAUCGCCGUCUCCCGCUGAACCCGAGUCGGACGAUUGCCCUGCACCUCCUUCGCCUCCGCCUCCCAGACAACCUCCCCUCUACGAACUCUACCAUGCACACGAGAGGCUACUUCCCCAGCACGACCUCGCCGCCCCCUCCCCAGAUGGGAAGAGCGCAAAAUAUCUUUGGUUCGCAAACCAUGGGUCGGGGUUUGGCUGGGGCAACUAUAUGCAGGAGAUGGUCCUCAACGCAUACUUGGCUUACGCGGCAAACAGAGCAUACGUCUUCGACAACUACACCUGGCAUCGCGAAGGACCAGAAAUUACUACCUGGAAUGGCCAUCUUAUUCCGUCACGAAUCCCUUUGUCCGCCCUGAUAUUUGGCCCCAUGAUAGGCAGCCCAAUGCCCGCAUCGUCGAAAAACAUCCCGCUCUCUAUUUCACGGGAGUGGUACCUCCAAGUCUGCCCAGAGUCCGAACGCGUCGUGAUUGAUACUCGAAAGAUACAAGACACGUUUACCCAACCCCCGACUGCAAUGCAGAUUGUCGACCGCUGGGUUGCGGAGUUGCACCAGAUCGAUGCGCGCUGUGUCGAGCUUAGGAGGGACAGUCCGGGGCUCUUUACCUACGAGCUGACCAACACGGAACGCGUGCUGGAUGUUUUCCCCUCCAUGUCCGCCUCUCCCAUCCUGGCCAACUUUGGCUGGUCUUCACUGGUUCUCGGAGAAUUGCUCGCGAAUUUGGCCCACUUUAUGCCGGCGGCGUUCCAGUUUUCUGGACCGGGAGUCAUGCUCGACACGCAAGCUCCAAUACCGGGCCUCCUGGCUCUCCACGUCAGCCGCGGUGACUAUGAGACAUGGUGUCCCGAGGCUGUCGGUAACGGUCACGUAUUCACGGGCUUCAACCGCUUUCCAGAGCUCCCCGAUAAAACACCCUCCCCCAAAGACGAAAACGGAGUUCGACACUGCUUACCAUCUGUGCAAGAUAUCGUGGACAAAGUGCGCAGUAUUGUUGACGCUCGCAGGGUCUCCGAACUGUCACCACUGACGCGGGUAUAUGUCAUGACUAACGCCCAUGCUGACUGGCUCGCGUCACUCGUUGAGGCCCUACUCACAAUCGGGAUUUGGAAAGAUGGUGUUGGGACGAGCCGCGAACUCUCCCUCUCGUGGGACGGCAGGCACGUCGCUCAGGCGGUGGAUAUGUCUGUUGGUCAGAGAGCGGAGGUCUUCGUCGGGAACGGAUUUUCGAGUCUAACCUCGAAUAUCGUCCUACUCAGAAUGCAUAAUAGAAAGCUGGACCCUCAAAAUACACGUUUCUGGUAG